AUGUGCCUAAGAAGCGUCCCUGGAUACAUUACCAAACAGAUUAUCGUAACUGUGGGGAUUGCUGUAAGUAGCGUCUCCGACGGCUUCAUUUUUGGUCAAAUGUCUGGGAUGUUGGAAGCUUUGCACAAUGCUGAAGGCUCAUUUUCGCUCGACAAUAAUGAUUUGUCAUGGAUCGCUUCUACGAUUAACAUCACAUGUUUAAUUGGAUUCGCUAUAAUAGCUGUGGUAACAGAAAUAUUUGGAAGAAAAAUGUCCGUAACUAUAGCAACAAUCCCAGUGAUUAUAUCCUGGAUAAUGACUUACACAGCUCACAACAAAACAGUUUUAUUACUAUCUAGACUUUUUGCAGGAAUUUCGUACGGAGGUAUUUUAUUUGUAAGUUAUGUAAACAUAGGCGAAUAUAUGUCUCCAAACAUCAGAUUCAUGUCUUUUAAUAUGCUAGUUUGUGUGGGAUCUCUUGUCGGAACUAUGUUAGGACACAUGUUAAGCGUGGUAAUGGAUUGGAGGAACGUGGCACUCGUUGGGCUUAUUCCUUCCCUAUUAUCCGCUACGAUUCCAUUCUUUUGGGUUGAAAGUCCGAUGUGGUUAGCAGGAAAAGGCAGGUUCGAAGAAUGUGAAAAGACCUUUCGUUUACUUCGCACGCCAGGAGAGGAUGCGGAAGAAGAAUUAAAACUUCUUAUUUCAGUUGAGAAAGAUAAAAAAACUAAGUAUAGACAAAUGAAAAGUAACCUUGUUGCAUUGAGUAUGUUAAAGGAUGCUUUUAAGAAACGGUAUUUUUGGAAAAUAUUCUUUUUAUCCUUACUCGUUAAUAUAUAUAAAGUUGCAGCUGGCAGGGUAUUGUUCAGUACAUUGGCAAUAACAAUUCUUCAAGGCAUUACAGGUACAUCUGAUAUACUCUUAUUUACCUUAACAACUAAUGGGUUUGCUGUCUUUGGCGCUUGCAUAUCAUGUUUAUUACUGCGAAGAUUCAAAAUGAGACAAUUGUUAUUUCCAACUGCAUUCUUAGCUAAUAUUUGUCUUAUUAUUUUUGGCCUUGUAAUAUACUUGAAGCCGGAUAAAGAUGAGGUUUUUAAUUGGAUUAAAAUUUUACUUCUUGCGACAUAUUUAGUGAUUGUUGGAGCUGGACCUUAUCCAGUGUCAGAAUCUAUAUUAACUGAGAUUCAUCCACUAGAGCUCAAAACGUUCAACAUGUGUACAAUCGGUGCUAUUUGUGGUAUCAUCCAAUUUUUAGCUAUUAAAUUGGCCCCAGAUAUGUUCCUUGUCAUAGGUUACCAUGGAGUAUUUUUCAUUAACGCUUUUAUAACAUUUCUAUGUCUUGUUUACCUCUGGUUCUUUUUACCGGAAACUAAAGGUAAAACAUUACAAGAAAUUGAAUUGUAUUUAAAAAAUAAUAAGUGUCAUGACUCCGAUAACAUAAAACAAGAACAAAUGAAGGAAUUAUUAAACAUAAAAACAAUAGCGGCUAGUGAUUUAAACGCCUAA